AUGGAUGUGUUGAAACGUUUGGAUUUUGUAUUUAAUUUGCACGAAGGUUUUCCUUCUCACUGCCUUAAGCCUAAACAAAUUCAAUGUUUUGAAGCUCUUUUAAAGGGCAAGGAUGUUGUAGCUGUCCUUCCUACGGGUUAUGGAAAGUCGUUAAUUUUUCAACUUCUUCCUGACGUCAUACCACAGAAAAGUACAAGGAAUAUCGUUAUUGUGGUGUGUCCUUUAUCUUCAAUUAUAGAAGACCAAGUGCAGUUUUUAAACAGUGUUGGUAUUUCAGCAAUGUCACUUCAUUGCAAUAAUAGUUCUACAAGCUCUUAUGAAAGUUUGUUUGCCGAAAUGAAAACUCACGAAGAAAUCAAUAUAUCAAUAAAGGUGCAAGAAGGGGAUAUAAAUCUACUCUUCGCUCAUCCAGAGCUCUGCAGUUCGGGUGCAAGUCUUGAUUGGGUUUUUGUACAAUAG